GGAACUUAAAAUAAGGUAGAUUUAUGUUUAACGAAAGCAGGAAAGAGAGUUUUAGUGCAAUCUUGUGCAAAAAUAAAAAAAAAGACUUAAAAUGUUCAAACAAAUUUUCCAAUCUUUCGGAUCGUAUAGUUUAAAUCAGAUUUUACCGGAUACAUCAAAAAAAGCUGCUACAGUAUAUCUCACUAUCAUUCGACACCGGGAUACUCGGACAUUUAGUACCAUCACAUCUACAAAAAAAUGGGAUUUAUACAGUGCUGUUUGUUUAGAACGUCAUCCAGUUAUAAUACAGUCAAUGCAAGAAAUAGAAUUGAAAUUUUAUAAUAUGUUAAAAAAAAUUGAAUAUGAAAAUAGUUUAAAAUCUGAUCAUGAAUUGAUAAAAGAAAAUGAGAAACCAAAAAAGUUAAGCAGCAAGGAAGACGAAACAGAGACUAAUACCUUGAUACAAACUAUACAGGAUUUUGAAGAUAGUUAUCAAGAGGAAUUAAACAAUUUUAAAUUUGCAUCAACAAUUACGAAAUUUGACGAACAAGACGUAACAUCAACUUUAAAACGUAAAUUGGACAAAAAUUUACUUUUAUUAAUACAACAAAGAAUAGGCAAUUCACAUUAUUGGAUACCUCCACAAGGCAUUCGAAAGGAAGGAGAGACUAUGAGACAAACUGCAGAGAGAGUAUUACAAGAUGCAUGUGGUACAAAGAUAAAAGUAAAGUUUUAUGGUAAUGCACCUAUCGGAUUUUAUAAAUAUAAAUAUCCUAAAAAGAUUUGCGAACAAGGAAGUUACGGUGCUAAAAUAUUUUAUUUCUUAGCAAAAUACAUAGAUGGAGAUAUUACCAAUGAUGUAAAGUAUCAGUGGUUGGAUAACGAAGAAUUAGAAAAAGUAUUACCUAAUGGAGUACAAGAAAGUAUUUCACAAUUUAUAAGCUAG